UUUUUGUUUGUUUGUUUUUUGGCCUGGUGACGUGACACGGCGAAGUGGUUGCUUGCCAGGUAGCUAGUUUGUUAACUUUGCCCCAUUUCUUUAAAAUAAGAAAAGAGACACCAAAAUGGACAAUAGUGCGAAAGAGAAAGAAGCAGCGGCUUUGAUAGCUGAUGCAGAAAAGAAAUUAAAAUCGUCACAGUCGUUUUUGGGAUCGCUUUUUGGCGGUUCCUCCAGGAUCGAAGAGGCCUGUGACAUGUAUGUAAGAGCUGCCAACAUGUACAAGAUGGCAAAAAACUGGUGUGCUGCAGGAAACGCCUUUUCCAAAGCUGCUCACCUUCACCUGCAGAUGCAAAGCAAACAUGACGCAGCAACAAACCUCAUAGAUGCUGGUAAUGCCUUCAAAAAAGCAGAUCCACAAGAGGCCAUAAACUGCCUAAACAGAGCUAUUGAGAUUUACACUGAUAUGGGCCGCUUCACCAUCGCUGCCAAACAUCACAUCACCAUUGCUGAGAUCUAUGAAACAGAGCUUGUGGACAUUGACAAGGCUGUAGCUCACUAUGAGCAGGCAGCAGAUUAUUACAAAGGUGAAGAAUCCACCAGUUCAGCCAACAAGUGCCUUCUGAAAGUUGCGACUUAUGCAGCUCAGCUGGAACAGUAUCCAAAAGCGAUAGAGAUCUAUGAACAGAUUGGAACUCACGCCAUGGACAGCACGCUGCUCAAAUACAGUGCGAAGGAUCACUUCUUUAAGGCAGCACUCUGUCACUUCUGUGUCGAUAUGCUGAAUGCUAAACUCGCCGUACAGAAGUAUGAAGAAAUGUUUCCAGCCUUUUCAGAUUCUCGGGAAUGCAAGCUGCUGAAGAAGCUUCUAGAUGCUUAUGAAGAACAGAAUGUGGAUGCUUACACCGAUUCGGUGAAGGAAUAUGACACCAUUUCACGGUUGGACCAGUGGCUCACCACCAUGCUGCUCCGCAUCAAGAAAACCAUACAGGACGAUGAAAACGACCUCCGCUGAUUUGCCUCGCUGCUCUUCCUCAAACAUGGAUUUACAUCCUGUUUUGCCUUGAGCUCAUUUCAACCCUUGCAGCAGUCAACCUUAUUUUGAUGACCAUUAACCCUUUGAUUCCUUCUACCAUGUGCAGUGGCUCUUUCUUUUUUUUUUUUCCUGGCCUUUUAAUCCACUCAAUAACUUGUGACUGCUCCUAAAAUGAUCUUGAUGGACAUCAACACUAUGUUCUUGAGUGCACACAUGCUUAAUGUAUGUUAUGAUAGAGGUAAUCAGUUAAAUAUUCAUGACUGAGCUGCAAUACUAAAUACCAGCACUUUUUUCCUCCCAUGUUAUGAAAAAGGAAGUGCAGCUGGAUAGAGAACAAACAUUUUACUAACAAAUACAAAAUUCUCUUUUCGAAACUGUGCUUUGCAGAACAGAUGAUCACCAAAAAAUGUUCACUAAAGCGCUCGGAUAGAUUAUUAUUAUUUCCUCCUGAGUGCUGUGAUAUUGAUAUCAGUUUGUGUUGAAAUAUAUACGCACCAAAAAUAUACAUGCUCUUCUGUUUUUAAUGAGUUGAAGUAAAAGAUUUAAGGCUU